AAAUGUAACCAUACUGUCUAUUUCUUUAAGCAUAACCGUCUUCUUAAAAGUGCACUUUGAUCAAGGUUAGUGCUUCAAACUCACCAAAAACCAUAAACUAAAACCCUUGGGGCAUUAACAAACCUCAGAUCUCUCUCUAUUUUCCCUGAAAGCUUAAAGCAGAAGCUCAAAUGGGAAGGCUUAAAAACAGAAUUGAAUAUGAAAAUAUCAGGAAUGCUCGCAUCUUAGAGAAUAAGGCUCGAUUGGCGUCUCUUGGACUAGAAAAGACCAUAUCUGAUCUUCGAUCACUCACUUCCUCAGUUAGAGCAGAGAAAUCAAAGACCCAAAGGAAGAAGUGGACGAAAAGAGUUUACGAUACCACAAAUUUGCGUCGCUCUAAUCGAUUGAAAGAUAUCAGCACCACGGUUCAAUCAUCAACAUCCAAUAAUGUUCAUCGUUUGCGGCGAUCUAAUAGACUAUUAAGAACAAAUUCUACCGAACCCAUUUCGUUGAUCGAAGAGGAAGAGAAUAGGCCUGCAAAUGCUCCAUUGGUGAAGGGUGCGGAGGUUCUUUGUCUUUCUCCUGAGGCUUCUGCUAGGCGUUGCAACAGUAAGGGCAGGGGCUCUAUCUAUGACCCUGUUUUUGGGAUUUGCUGCCAUUUCUGCAGGCAAAAGAAAUUGUGUGGGGAAGAAGAUUGCAAGCGUUGUGGUAAUCUUGAUCCAGAUCAGCCAUGCAUAGGAAAAACAGACUGUUCAAUAUGCCAUUCUUCAAAUGGUGUUUUCUGCCGUGGCUGUCUCAAAGUUAGAUAUGGUGAAGGUAAGCCCUUAGUAGACAAUGAAAUGAAAGAAAACAAAGAAGGUCUUGCAGAAUUUGUAUCUUUCACGGAAAGAAGGUUUAAUUAUGUGAAGAUCUUUAAUUGUGAUGUUUUGUUAGAAAUGGAGGAGGUAAGAGAGAACAAGAAAUGGGUGUGCCCUCAUUGCAUAGAAGAAAAAGGAAUAAACCCUUUUUGGAUAUGUAAUAGUUCAUUGUGCUUAAAGAAGCGAAAGAUGGCUCCAACUGGGCUUGCAAUAUACAAAGCUAGAGAAAUGGGAUACAAAUCAGUUGCACAUCUGCUGAUGGAUAAGCUUCAAAGAAAAUCCUCUCCAGCUACAAGAAUAACUAAAAAUUAAGUAGCAGAACAGAAGCUGGAAUUGAUCUAACUAACUGGGAUUGUCUGUCUAUUUUUGCUAUACUUCAAUCCUAUCUUUGUUAAGACAGGCCUUUGAUAUGCAAGUGAGGGAAGCAAAAAUACUUGUUUCUUGUACAAUUCAUGUAUAUUGACACUCUGGGUUUUAGAUGGAGGAUUAUUCUCUGUUUCCUCAUUUAAAAGAGUUCAAUACUUCCAAGAACUGAAUUACAUAAACCAAACAAAAGACAAAUUUGAUGAGUU